AUGGAGAGGUGUGAAGACAAACUGACUUCUGGAAAAGAUAAUGGCGCAAUAGUGUCUGUUCAUGGUAGUUUGAGUCGUCUUGCCGUCAAUUCUGAAGCUCGACAGGAAGCCAAAGCUGUCUUGACUUACUUUGAAAAUGGAGAAAACGAUAAUGAUCAGCAAUAUCACACAACCGCCGUCAAUUGUGCAGUCGACACUCUCGUCUUGACGUUUUACUAUCCCAGCCGUAGUUUUCCUGAUCGACGCGUACACUUCCUCUCUACUAUUACCCAAAAUCCAGAGAACCCUCAAUUCCCACUUCCACAAGGACGCAAAUUUAGAAAUGUAGCAGUGUGUGCUAGUCGCUGGGUGUACACCUUGAAAUGUUACCUCCUUAAGGAUAACUCGUGGAAGGUUCAAGUGGCUUUUACACUCAUGGGGAUCCAAGAAGGUCAGUACCACUUCCGGUUUUUAUCCUCUGCCCGAGUUAAGCACUAACGACGGGGUAAUAGUCAAUAUCAUUGUGGCUCGCAGAGACAGCAACACAAAUACAAGAGACAUGACCUUAGAAGCUCCGCAACAGCGUCCUGACGAAGUAUUGGGAGUUGAUUGGAUACAAAAUGUUCUCCUUGGGUCGGCGAAGUUGAACAGUUGGAAGUCCCUCGAGACAUUCAUGGCCAUGCACUUUAAGAAACUCCACAAGACUCGACGUGCAGAACGUAAGCUGCUCCUGGAUAGUGGUAGCGUUACCGCCCAUGCCAUUUACACAAAUCCGAGAUACGUUCGUUUACGUCAUUGUGAAGAUAAUUGGGUUUGUCCUGUCUUCAAAUUUUACGAUCUAGUUGGAGGUUAG